CUUUCUACACAUGGAUCCGCGGACGCCGCGGUCCGCGGAAAACACGUAUAACUUGUAUACCAGUUGGGUCCGUUCGGCUGUCAAAUUCCGCGGUGGGCUGUCAAACCUACCGCGGCGCCUGCUGUUCCGCAGAUUUGUUGAUGUUCAACAAAACUGUGUUUCCGCGGUACCGCGGUUGAUGACAUUUUAUUAUUGUUUACAUCUUGCACGCUGGUGGUUCGUCGUGGUGGUUACAUCUUGCUCGCUAGUGUGAAAUAUCAAUUUUGUCUGUACUAUUUGAACAAAUUGUGUGUACUACUUGAAUAAAAUGGAUUCCAGAUCGGAGCCGAAAGUCAAGCGAAAGACGGUUAACAUGAGUGAGGAGGAAACUUUGGUUUUCAUCGACCUCAUGUUCCGCCACUCCGCCUUAUGGAACCGCCAGGAUGAGCGGUAUAAAAAUUUAAACCGGCGACAGGACGAUUGGGCAGAAAUUUCGGAGCAAACGGGGCAUCCUAUAAAUCGGCUGAAAGAGAAGUGGACGUCUCUUCAGUCGAUUUACAGGAAGUGCAGAUCGGCGCACAAUAAGAGCCUUAUCACUGGUUCCGGUGCCGCUGAAAUUUAUCGCCCGACCUGGUUUGCUUACCGUGCUAUGAGCUUCCUGGAUUCUAGCACAGCGUGUGGAACAACCAUCGAUACCGUAAGUAAAAUCGACAUUCUAUUAAAGUUCUAG